AGCGAAUUCUACGAGUCCUGACAAGGAUCGGUUUCGUCGUCGAAGAUGAUAUCAGGACUCACAGCCCAAAUGAAAUGACUCGGCAGAUGAAUGCUCGAGUGACCAAUGCAACAGAAAAAUAUCCGUACGAAUGGUUGUUCGAUUAUUCUGAUCUUGUGGAAUGCUGCUAUGACUUUUUUGAGGGUGGUUGGUAUUUGACUGCGUUCCUUGAGAAGCAUCAUGACGCGCCGGGCCGGAUAAUUUUGCAGGACUUGCCGCAUGUGCUAGAGGGUGUCAAACUUGACGAUCGAUUAGAGGAGACUAUCGAUUAUUCAAACCACAGCCAGUUCAGGAUAAGUUCGAGCUUCUAUUUGUGGAGAAUGGGGUAUACAUUUGACUGUUUGCUAGGCGCGCGAGCGUACUACAUGAAAUUUAUCCUUCAUGAUUGGUCUGAUGGAGAGUGCUUGCAGAUUUUGGGGAAUUUGAGAGCUUCCAUGAAGAAAGAUUACUCGAGGCUUAUUAUUGAGGAGUUUAUCGUCGCCGACAAGGAUGCUGCGGUAUUGCCCACUAUGUGGGAUUUGCAGAUGCGUAUCCAUCUCAGCACUAUGGAGCGGGCGAGGAAUCAAUGGCAGAAAUUGUUGUCUGUGGCUGGUUUCAGGGUGGUGAAAAUGGUAUCCGCCAGGGGACGGACAGGGCAUUAUUGA